GCGCGUCCGGGCUCCCGGGGCGGGUAAUAUAGCGGCUUGCCGAGGCGCUGGUGCGCGGGGGCAGCGCGCGGCAGGCCGGCGGGCAGGCGGGCGGGCUGGCUGGCUGGCAGGCAGGACUGGGAUCGAGGCCCAGAAACCGGAGCAGCGGGCAGCCGGGAGGCCUGGAACGGGGCGAGCGCCAUGAGCAACAAAUGCGACGUGGUCGUGGUGGGGGGCGGCAUCUCAGGUAUGGCAGCAGCCAAACUUCUGCAUGACUCUGGACUGAAUGUGGUUGUUCUGGAAGCCCGGGACCGUGUGGGAGGCAGGACUUACACUCUUAGGAACCAAAAGGUUAAAUAUGUGGACCUUGGAGGAUCCUAUGUUGGACCAACCCAGAAUCGUAUCUUGAGAUUAGCCAAGGAAUUAGGAUUGGAGACCUACAAAGUGAAUGAGGUUGAGCGUCUGAUCCACCAUGUAAAGGGCAAAUCAUACCCCUUCAGGGGGCCGUUCCCACCUGUAUGGAAUCCAAUUACCUACUUAGAUCAUAACAACUUUUGGAGGACAAUGGAUGAUAUGGGGCGAGAGAUUCCCAGUGAUGCCCCAUGGAAGGCUCCCCUUGCAGAAGAGUGGGACAACAUGACAAUGAAGGAGCUGCUGGACAAGGUCUGCUGGACUGAAUCUGCAAAGCAGCUUGGCACUCUCUUUGUGAACCUGUGUGUCACUGCAGAGACCCAUGAGGUCUCUGCUCUCUGGUUCCUGUGGUAUGUGAAGCAGUGUGGAGGCACAACCAGAAUCAUCUCGACAACGAAUGGAGGACAGGAGAGGAAAUUUGUGGGCGGAUCUGGUCAAGUGAGCGAGCGGAUCAUGGACCUCCUUGGAGACCGAGUGAAGCUGGAGAGGCCUGUGAUCUACAUUGACCAGACAAGAGAAAAUGUCCUUGUGCAGACCCUAAACCAUGAGAUGUAUGAGGCUAAAUAUGUGAUUAGUGCUAUUCCUCCUACUCUGGGCAUGAAGAUUCACUUCAAUCCCCCUCUGCCGAUGAUGAGAAACCAGAUGAUCACUCGUGUGCCUUUGGGUUCAGUCAUCAAGUGUAUAGUUUAUUAUAAAGAGCCUUUCUGGAGGAAAAAGGAUUACUGUGGAACCAUGAUUAUUGAUGGAGAGGAAGCUCCAGUUGCCUACACAUUGGAUGAUACCAAACCUGAAGGCAACUAUGCCGCCAUAAUGGGAUUUAUCCUAGCCCACAAAGCCAGAAAACUGGCACGUCUCACCAAAGAGGAAAGGUUGAAGAAACUUUGUGAACUCUAUGCCAAGGUUCUGGGUUCCCCAGAAGCUCUGGAGCCAGUGCAUUAUGAAGAAAAGAACUGGUGUGAGGAGCAGUACUCCGGGGGCUGCUACACAACUUACUUCCCCCCUGGGAUCCUGACUCAAUAUGGAAGGGUUCUACGCCAGCCAGUGGACAGGAUUUACUUUGCAGGCACCGAGACUGCCACACACUGGAGCGGCUACAUGGAGGGGGCUGUAGAGGCCGGGGAGAGAGCGGCCCGAGAGAUCCUGCAUGCCAUGGGGAAGAUUCCAGAGGAUGAAGUCUGGCAGUCAGAACCAGAGUCUGUGGACGUCCCUGCGCUGCCCAUCACCACGACCUUCUUGGAGAGAUAUUUGCCCUCCGUGCCAGGCCUGCUCAGGCUGAUUGGAUUGACCACCAUUUUUUCAGCAACGGCUCUUGGCUUCCUGGCCCACAAAAGGGGGCUACUCAUGCGAGUCUAAAGAGAGAAGGUGUCUGCAAUCACACUCUCUUCUUACGGUAUUUGGAGUAUGGGUUUGGGGAAAGAGUUGCAGUAAAGUUCUAUGAAGACAAAUAAUGUGGAGUGAGGCAGGGAGCGUGAAGAUAAGUCCAACUCUGACUGUAAAAUACAUGGUAUCUCUUUGUCCAUUGUGGCCACUGCUUAGUGUCCCUCACCUGGCUUAGCGUUCUGUUUCAACAGUUUCCAAGUUUAUUGCCCUCAGAAUCUUUAGAAUAGUUAAAUAGGCUUGUUCAAGGUCCUUGCUGCCCCACAACACACCUUGCCCAUGCACAAGCAAUGAGUUUUUUCCUAUCACUGUGAUUUUGUGCUUGUUCUUCCUCUUACCUGUAAUAGCCUCACCUUCCCAAGUUCUUUGCAUUUGUCCUUAGAAUACUGUAUUGUUACAGCUGAAAGACAUUAAAGACCAUUUAGUCCUCACCUGUUUUAGAGUUGAGCAAACUGAAGCCAACAGAGGUGGAACUUAAUUACCUAAGAGCUGCAAUAAGCCACUGGUAUCUCGGGGACUAGAACACAAAUCCAACGCCUUUCCCACCUCCCUGGAUGUAUUCCCCAAUUAUCCUCCUUCACUCCCUGUUAUUGUCACUGAUGGUGUCCCCUUGUGUGGAUUUACUUUGUGCUAAGUUGUCUUACACUACUCAAAUGCUACUCAGUAUAUAGCCUUAAGUCUUACUGUUUUGUGCAGUGUCUCCAGCUGAUUUUAGCUUUUUGGAUGGUAGAAAUUUUAUCUCUUCUUCCUUUUGUAUCCUCCAUUGUAUCUUCAUACAAAGAACAGUACACAUUUGGGUAAUUAAAAAUAAAAGUUGAUUGACCAUA